AUGCCCACCCUCGGCACCCUCGCCCUCUCGGCACUCGCAACCGCCCUCUGUGCCCUUCUCAUCUCCGUCGCACUCUCGCUCCUCGCACACUCCUCGAGCGCAUCUAGCACCCACGAAACUCGACACUGGCAACCAUGCACCACACCCGGACCGGUCCUCGCAACCCGCAUCGCAAACCUCGACUUGGACGGGCUGACGGUCAUUCCAGUCACCCGCCUCCCCCGCCUCCGAACCCGCCUCCCCCUCCCCUUCUCUUCCCACACCCUCUCCCUCUCAGCCGACCUCUCCACCUCCGAACUCGUCUUCCGCACGCUCCGCAUCCGAUCCGCCACCACCCGCACUCACGACCUCGGACGCGAACCAGUGCGCGUAGAAGCCAAGGGAGUGGAGGUGGAUGUUUCUGGAAGCGUCGGGGUGAGGGUGACGGUUGGGUUGUCGAGUGGGAAGAGUUGGAGUUGGCGCGCGAGUGGGAGGAUGAAGAUGGCUUGCGCUGAUUCGAGCGCUAGAGUCGUAGCGCAACUUGUCGAGGGGCACCAUCCGCGCAAGGGUCCGCAUUCGGCCGACGAGGCUCCUCAACCCCGACUGGCAUGCCUCGAAGCGCGUUUCUCACCCGGCACACUCUCGACCCUCCUCCUCUCCUCCUUCAUCCCCCCUUCAUCCCUCUUCUCCCCCCUCUCCCGCCCGCUCGAAGCACUCCUAAACACCCUCCGCAACACCCCUCUCAUCCGUCUCCCAACUCAACACCUCGUCACGUUCCUCGUCACCGACCUCGUAGAGGGACACGUCGCGACUGAUUUGGUGGGUGAUUUGGGUGCGUUUGUGAGCAAGCAUGUGAGGGUGGAGGAGUAUGCGACGAUGGGCAGGGACGAGAGGGAGAGGGUUCUGGGGAGGUUUUUCGCGGGUGAGCGGGUGGGUGAGGGAGGAGUUGGGUUUGAGACGAGCACGUCGACGACCGCGACGACGAAGGAGGCGGUGGGAGGGUCACUGCGCUUCCACACCCUCUUCUACGGCCCGACACACCUCCACUCUCUCCCUCUCUCUUCCGCCUCCUCACCAACCACCAACCCCUCCACAAGCUCCUCCUCGGAAGUCCCCCUCCCCAUCUUUGCCCGCCUAAACCAAACCGGCCUCCGAUCCGCUCUCUUCUCCUCGCCCCUGAUCAACCAACUCACGCGCGGACCGCCCGCCGUCAGUCUGACCUCUUCCUCAUUCGAGCGGAUCGCUUUAAAGGAGGCGGGAGUCGAGUUGGUCCCGAGCGCGAGGGAAUUGCUCGAAGGCUCCCUCACGACCGAAGCGAGGGAACUAGUCUUGCGAGUCACAGGCCUCGAAGCGACUCUCGAACUUGCGUUUCGGGUUGGUGCAGAGUUGAGGAGCGCGCCGGCGUUGGUUAGUGGGUUGAAAGUGCUUGAGGAGAGGGGGACGGCGAGGACGGAGGUUGUGGCGGGUCGGCCUGCUUCGCGCGUUGCGGGCGUGGAGCGCAAGGACGGCGAGGAAGAGGAGCUCGAGGAGGACGAGGACGACGAAGAAGAAGGAAUUUCGAUCCACCUCCCCCUCCGUUUCUCGCGCCAAGAAGGCCGUGUCAUCCUCUCUUCCCAGCACUCCAGCACCUCCUCCUCUUCGAGACGGGACAAGCACAAAGGCGUGAGACUCGAGGGAUCGUUUGGGACUGUUGCGCCUCGGGUGCGGUUGGAGAGUCGGUUGGGAAAAGCGUUGGGUGAGAAGGUGGUUAACGCUCUGCUGGACGGGAUCAAGACGCAUCUAGCAGCCCUCACCGCCCCGCUCGCAUCCUACUUCCUCGCCGACCUAGUCCGCGAACGGAUGCAGCGCGCGCUGGACGAUGUGUGUGAGAAGGUUGGGACGGAGGGUGGGGUGGUUUGGAGUGUUGCUGCUGCGGCGAAGGAGGGGGAGGGGGAGGGGACGUGGAGCGAGGAGAGGGGAGGAGGGCGAGGUUUGUUGUUGUAA